AGUUAAAAUCUGACAACAAAAGAGAACAGUAUCCUCAGCAUCUGAUCUUCACUAGAUCUACUAGAGAAUCUGAGGGAUUUGACUCAAUCAAGAUGUUGCUGAUCAUUGAAGCUGUUCUUCUCAUUUUAGCUGCUCUAGGACAGGAUCACAGGGCAGCUGUUGAAGGACAGAUAUUUCCACUGGAUAUGGCACUGAAUUCAGUUGAUGACCAAUAUAAGGGCUGUAAUUCGAAAAUGGCAUGUUGUGUGAGAACUAAAUAUCUGAAGGAGGAACUCAAUAAGUCACCUGAUUUUAGAAAUGCUUGGAAUCAGGCUGAAAAGAAUGUUACCCGUAACUGGAAUAUUUUCAGUAGAUUUAGAAAAAAACAUAAAAUGGCUAUCUGGGUGUAUACUGACCCAAUUUCUAAAAUAUAUGUUAAAUUCAACAAUGACACUCGUAGUGGCAAACAAACCUACACAGCCAGGACAUACAAAUGGUAUUCACUUCACUUUCUGUUAACAGAUGCGAUACAGAUUCUGAAGAAAAAACAAAAUAAAUGCUAUAAAACUUAUCGUGGUACAAAUGUUACAUUUAAUGUGAGUGAUUUUGCAGCCAUUCGUUUAGGCUCAUUUACAUCCUCCUCUGUUUUUCCUGGCAGGGCAAAAAGUUUUGGAAAUGUAACUUGUUUUGUAAUCAACACUUGUGAAGGUGCUAAUAUUACAAAAUAUUCUAGGCUUCCGUUUGAAGGAGAGGUGCUGAUUCCUCCAUAUGAGAUGUUUAAUGUCACUGUUGUCAAAAACAUGACAGAUAAGCCCAAUCUCAGGUGUCAGACUGUGUUUGAGUUAAACAGCAUUGGAAUAAAAAGUGACCUAAACUGUGCUCUAUUAAAGAAACCAACCAAGAAAUGUAUGUUUUGCCCUUAGCUGAAAGUGCUUUUAAUGUAAUCAGUUCCACAAAAUUGUGUAGUUCAAAAAGUGUAGUUCAAUGUUUCUUUGUUUUAUAUAUAUAUAUAUAUAUAUAUAUAUAUAUAUAUACAUAUACAUAUACAUAUACAUAUACAUAUACAUAUAUACACACACACACACACACACACACACACACAUACACAUUCUUUCAUUUACAAAAUUGUUGCAUCACAUUACUGAACAACAUUGUUGUGCUUUGCUAUAAUAAAUCUUUUAUGGCAAUGCAACAAUACAUAUUGGCAAUAUCAGAUAUUUAAAAAAAUGUGUUUAUUCUGUUUACUUAAGAGUAAUACAUGAACAAACUUUCAUUCCAUACAAUUUCAUUAUUUUAUUAUUAUUAGUUGUAGCAGCAUGCUAAUGUUCACCACUGAUUGCUAAAAAUGUUCAAUAAACAGUAUUUGGUUAAAUGGGCUUGUUGUA